AUGGGGCCCGCUGAAGAGCUGGUCCGGAUUGCCAAGAAGUUGGAUAAGAUGGUGGCCAGGAAGAACACGGUAAGGCGGCUGAGCCUCUCGGGGCAGGCGUGCAAAUUUGCACGCACAACGCGGAUUGGGGUGGCCGUCAAUUCGGUGCGGAAACACUGCUCGGAUGAAGAGGUGGUGGCCUCAGCCAAAAUCCUCAUCAAGAACUGGAAGCGGCUGCUGGAGUCCUCCACCACCCCGAAGAAGGAGAAGGAUGUGGAUGGGAAGAAGGAGAAGGACACAGACGGGGAGAAGGAGAAGAAGGAGAAGAGGCUGGAUUUUCCCAGCUGCCCCAACGAAGGGGCAAAGCACCCCAAGAGCCCGGCUGAGAAGCACAGGGAGAAGCACAAAGAGAGGAAGCUCAGCAAGCCUGGCUCUCGUGCUGCCACCCCCCGGGGCCACCCUGCCGACUCCAUCCCAGAGAGAGAGCCCAGCAGCAGUCGGAGCCCCACUGCGUCCUCGAAGAAGUCACCUCUAGAUGGCAAGAAAGAGAGGAGAGACUCUGCCGACUCAAGGUCCUCCACCACCCCAGCCGUCUCCUCCUCUUCCUCCCUGCAGAAGAGACCGUCAGGGGAGAGGAGAGCCUCUGUGGGCACCAGCCCCUUGCCAGCUCCCACCAGCUCCCGGAGAAACUCCAGUGACAGCAAGGAGGAAAGAGCCAACAGCAGCAAGGCCAAACCGGAGACACCACGGACCCCCACCAGCCCCCCCUUCUCGCCCAGCCCCUGCCUCCUGGCCCCCUGCUAUCUCACGGGGGACUCAGUGCGGGACAAGUGCAUCGAGAUGCUGACAGCCGCCCUCCGCAUGGAUGAUGACUACAAGGAGUUUGGUGUCAACUGCGAGAAGAUGGCAUCGGAGAUUGAAGACCAUAUCUUCCAGGAGCUGAAGAGCACGGACAUGAAGUAUCGCAACCGGGUGCGGAGCAGGAUCAGCAACCUGAAAGACCCCAAGAACCCCAGCCUGCGCAGGAACGUGCUGUGCGGGGCCAUCCUGCCCAGCCUCAUCGCCCGCAUGACAGCUGAGGAGAUGGCCAGCGACGAGCUGAAGGAGCUGAGGAACGCCAUGACCCAGGAGGCCAUCAGGGAGCACCAGAUGGCCAAGACAGGUGGCACCGUCACUGACCUCUUCCAGUGCGGCAAGUGCAAGAAGAAGAACUGCACAUACAACCAGGUGCAGACGCGCAGCGCUGACGAGCCCAUGACGACAUUCGUGCUGUGCAACGAAUGCGGGAACCGCUGGAAGUUCUGCUGA